AUGGCGCUGGUGACGGUGCGGCGGGCGGGGGGCUCCGCCGGCGGCCCCGCGGAGGAAGAUGCUCCCAGACGCGGCCAGCUGCAGCGACGGCAGAGCUUCGUCAUGGUCAAGGGGGCUGCGCGACUCCUGCCUGCCGAGGAGCCCCCCCCGGCCGAGCCCCCCCCGGCCGAGCCCCCCUGCCAGGCCCCGGGACAGCAGGAGCGGCACCUGCACCUCAUGAUGCAGCUGCUGCGCCCCCAGGACGCCAUCCGGCUGGCGGUGCGGCUGGAGUCGGCGCGGCCGCGGCGGGUGCGGUACCUGCUGCUGGUGCGGCCGGAGGAGGCGGGAGCCGAGGCGGAGACGGCGCUGCUGGGAGUGGAUUUCGCCCACGAGGGGGCCAGCCACUGCACCCUGGGCAUGGUGCUGCCCCUCUGGAGCGACACCCAGGUGUUCCUCGACGGCGACGGGGGGUUCAGCGUGACAUCGGGGGGAGAGACACGCAUCUUCAAGCCCAUCUCUGUGCAGACCAUGUGGGCCGCGCUGCAGGAGCUGCACCGCGCCUGCGAGGACGCGGCCCGCGGCGGGCACAUCCCCGGCGGCCCCGCGCUGGCCUGGGCCCGCGGCUACGCGGCGGCGCUGGGCUCCGAGCAGAGCUGUCUCAACGAGUGGCUGGCCAUGGCCGACCUCGAGUCCGUGCGCCCCGCCUCGCCCACGCCCCUCCGGCCAGCCAUGCCGGAGCUGUCGGAGCAGGCGGUGCGGGCGCUGCUGCGGGAGGUGAUGGCCACCGCCGACCUGGAGAAUGUCACCUCCAAGGAGGUGCGGGAGGAGCUGGAGCGGCGCACGGGGCACAGCCUGGCCGAGCACAAGGACUUCAUUGACAACGAGAUGCUGCUGGUGCUGGCGCAGAUGGAUCGGCCUUCCCGCGUCUUCCCGCACCUCUUCCUGGGCUCCGAGUGGAACGCAGCCAACCUGGAGGAGCUGCAGCAGAAUAGGGUCACCCACAUCCUGAACGUGGCGCGGGAGAUUGACAACUUCUUCCCGGCACUGUUCACGUACAUGAACGUGCGGGUGUACGACGAGGAGGCGGCCGAGCUCCUGCCCCACUGGAACGACACCUUCCUCUUCCUCUCCCGCGUCCGGGCGGCGGGAGGCCGGGCGCUGGUGCACUGCCGCAUGGGGCUGAGCCGCUCGGCCGCCACGGUGCUGGCCUACGCCAUGAAGGAGUUCGGGUGGCCCCUGGAGCGGGCGCUGCGGCACGUCCGGCACUGCCGGCCCGGCGUCCUGCCCAACCCCGGCUUCAUGCGCCAGCUCGACUUCUACCAGGGCAUCCUGAGCGCCAGCCGGCACAGCAGCCUGUGGGAGCCCCGGGCGGCCGAGGUGCCGCACCCCGAGGAGGACACCGCAAGGGACACGAGUGGCCUGUCCCCGCUGUGCUCCCCGCUGGCAUCCCCACAGCCCUCCGAGGAGGAGGCAGCUGCAGGGGGGCUGCUGGGGGCCUCCCGGCGCCCCCGCAUCUCCCUGUGCUCUGUCAUGCGGAGCAUCAGCCUGCUGGAGAACCCCGAGCCCCUGGAGCUGCUGGGGGAGCCCCUGGCCGGGGAGGUGUUUGAGGCCACGCAGGAAGCAGAGGGUCCCUCCCCGAGGUCACGACCCUCGUCCCGCCCACGCCGCGUGGUGCGCCAGGCCAGCCUGGAUGGUGGCCCCGCCCCGUUUAGUGACCACACCCAUAGUGAUGACCACACACAUAGUGAUGACCACACCCAGUGCCACACCCAUGCACCUGGCCACGCCCACACAGAUGAACCCACGCCUUAA